GAUGAUUUGACGAAACGAUAGCCCUGCCACACUCGAUACUGUUCGUUCUGUCAGAAUCAGAAUCCAUUUUAAUUUUCCGUGUAUAAAAAUUAGUUAUUGCUGAUAAAAAGUCUGAAAAAAUUAGUUUAUCUGGAUGAUAACGAACAAUAAUUUGUCAUAAAUUUGAUGAUAAUAGGUUCCCACUACUUAUUGUCGGGCAAAUGCGUCAGAUUUGUUAUUACCAUUGUGUUAUUUGUAUGAUGAAGAUCUCGUGAUAUCGGCUCUGAGGUCUAGGUUUUUAAUGUGUGAGCAAUUUUUAGAAAAGUGAAAGAAAAAAAAAAUUUCUCGUUUUCAUUUUGGUUUAAAAAGAAAUCGAAUUAAAAAAAAAAGUUUUUUCAAACCAAAAAUUGCCCGUUUGUGUUCAAAUUCGUAUGAUAUUGCGGAAUUAAAUGUUUUUUUCUCGAUUGUUGUUGAUGUGAAUUUUUUUUUUGUACGAAAGUCGUGAACAAAUUUUUCCGAUAAGAAAAAUUCUUCUGUGAAAACCGAAUUUUAUUCGAUAUUGUGAGGACUUCACGGACACACACAUACACACACUACACCACCAGCACCACCACCAGUCAGCCAUUCUGCAUGAAAGAUAAAAUUUAUCGAUAACCAAAAUGGAGGAGCACAACUUCAAAUUGAUUCCAAUUCUGCGAUACUUUUCGCUUAUUUUGCUAUUUUUAGCUGCAACAGCACAAUCAGGUGCUGCAGACCUGAUACCAAAUUAUGAUAAUGAACAAUACAAACUUAAAGUAUUUGACGAAACUAAAACAAAACCACUUAUACUUAGCUGUAAUAUAACAACGCCAGGCAAACAUAAAUUAAGUUGGUUACGAAAUAAUCAAGAUGUUAGUAACGACCCCCAGCUAACAAGGCGUUAUGAAAUCAUUGACGCAGAAAAUAAACUUAUCAUUUCAAAUCCGAAAGAAGAGGAUGCUGGAAAGUUUACCUGUAGACUACCGGAUACGGGUGAAGAGAAGGAGUUCAAUGUGGCUGCGAAAAUGUAUUUCAAACAACUGAAUCACAAUCAAGCUUUUGUUGAAGGUGAAAAGAUGAAACUUCAUUGUAUAGCUUACGGAACAGAACCGGAAAUUAAAUGGGUUAUCGGUAACGAAACAUAUGAUGUAUCCCGAGGUCGAAUCACUCUCACACCCGAUGAGAGAAAUAUCAAGAAUGCGUUUUUAUUCAUUGAUCAGGUAGAGCUCGAUGAUCGCAAGACGUACAAUUGCACCGGAACUAAUGUAGCAAUUAAGUAUGGCAACGCUAAUUAUACCGAAGCGCACGAAUACAUCUACGUUCGGGUUAAGGGAAAGCUUGCAGCUUUAUGGCCUUUCUUGGGUAUUUGUGCUGAGGUGUUUGUGUUAUGUGCCAUUAUCUUAAUUUAUGAAAAGAGACGUAAUAAGGCCGAAUUAGACGAAAGCGAUACAGAUCAAAGUCCUGAACAAAAAAAUGAUCAACGCGGCAAAGAAACCGAAAUAAGACAGAGAAAAUAAGUGAAUUGAUCGAAAUAAUAAAAAAAUAAAUAAUUCAAAUUGAACAUAAGAAAUGUGAACAUAACAAACACGCAAAUUUGUAUAAAUAAAGUAAAAAAGAAAUGGAGAUUAAAAGAAGAAUUUAGAACGAUUUUUUAAGGAUGAUGGAGAGGAAACGGAAAGAGUUCUAAAAAUGAAAAGAAAAGAAUAUUUAAUUUGUAAAUUAAACUGAAAAUGAUUCACAAAUUAUGCGCCAAAACAAAACUUCAGUACUUAAUAAAGAAACAGAAUAGAAAUUAAUGAUUAAAAACAAAACAAACAAAAUAUAAUUAAAUUUAGACACAUACUCGGUCGGGCAUUUGUUCUAAAUGAUGUUCAAAUCAAAGAUGUUAUGCAAUAGUUUGUCGAUCAAAUUUUCAGCCAAUAAAAACAGCAAAAAUCGGAAAACAAAUUAACAAUUCAUCCCAUAAUGGAGUGUCCCUUACCCCAAAUAAAAAUUUUAAUUUCAAUUGCCACACUAUGGAUGUACCGAAAACCGGCACAGUUCAAUCAUAUAUGUUGCAUUGUACUACACAUCUUAAUUCUUAGAAUAUAAUUAGUGAUUCGACGAUGGGCGGUCAGACGGAAAUGAUUCCCUUUUUUUUAAAAUAAUUUAACCAACAACCAUCAAAAACAAUCAGAUCGCUCAUUAUGCGGUCUGUACAGAUUAAAAAAAAAUCCAAUCGUCCAAAAAACAAAACAACACAAACUGCGUUCACUUUGAUUGAACUAAAGACUGCCUCUCGGUGUCUCGAUGUCUCAAUUUUCCAUUCGGUUUCUCAUUUUUCCAUUCGUUUGGAUUGUCAAUUGUCAAUAAAUUGUAAUUGAAAUAGAGUCAUUGGUACCUGUUCGGAUGCACACCUGUGACAAAUAGUUUAUAACUAUUCUAAACCAAAUUCUUUGUAAUUCGUUUAAAACUGCUUGGAACAGUAGAAGAAAAAAAAAACAUUUAUGCUUCAUGCGUCGGAAAAAAAGAGUUUUCACAUUUCAAUCACUACUUUCGACGCCCUCAGCAUCUAAAAUCCAUUACAUAACUCUUGCGAUAAAAAUGAAAAGUCUCGUUUUCGUUUGUUUAUUGAUCUCGGCUACGCCUUGGAUCGACAAAAUUCACACGAAAACUCUACUUUUCAUCUUUUUAUUCCCAGUUUUAUGUAAAAGACUAUUCUACUAUCGAUGGUUCUAAAUAUUCAUUAUUGUAGUCUAUCGUUCAUUGAACUAUUGUAACUUAUAACCGUGAAUCUUGUCUAUUGAAUCAGAAAAUUGUGGCCCGAAACCAAAUUUAUUUCUCUCUAAAACAGCAUAUUCUAUUCAAACGAUAAUUUCGUAAUAAUUCUCGAAUUUCUAUGUGAAAAAAAAACAACACAAAACUCUGUGUAGGCUUACAAAAUUUGUUAUUAGGAUACACAAUUUAACAAAAAAAAAAAUUAAACAAAUUUAUGAUAGAAUGUAUACAUUAAAUUAGUGAACCGCGGAGGAAAAAUAAUUUUCUAAAAUUAAAAAACUUCAUUUAAAAGAAUUACAUUAAAACAUUGAUU